AUACGCCGUAACACCACUCAACCCCAUCCAAUCAGAAAUCAGCUCAGAGUGACGUAACUUAGGUCAACGUUAGCAUAGCUCGGACCAGAUUUUGCGCUGACCGUGAAGCGACUUGAGCCGCCUAAAAAGUUUGUAUUUUACACCAAAAAGUGCCCUAUGAUUUACCAUCACUACAAGCGGGAGACAGGCUCAUUAAUGGUGUAUUUUUUACUUGCUAGCCAUGUAGUUUAAGACAGUUUUACUUCGUACACCACCGCGGAUUAAGAGAUAUUUGCUCUAAGCUAACUCAGCUUGCUAGCUAACUGGCUAACUCGGAAGGCUACUGCUUUCCGGUGCUGUUAGGAAACUAACAUUGAAAACCCUUAAAGAAAUUUAAAACGUAGUUGCUGCUGUGCUUUGCUGAGGUACUUGUGAGAGAUGGGAAGAGAGAAGGAAGGAGAGGCGAAGACCAAACACAAACCGACCAAACUGAAGAGGCUGAAUGGCUGUGAGAGCGCAGGUGCGGGGGAAAAUGUCAAGAACAGCACCAAGCAAACCAAGUCUAAAGAGAAAACCGAUCAUGGAAAACCUCAUAAGAAGGUCAAGACAUUGAAGACAGAGACCCUGGAGUCCUCCACCAGUGCCAGUGAGCUGGUAAAAGAAGAGCCACAGGAAGAUGACUUCACAACCAAAAAGAAAGGGGUGAAAAGGAAAAGAAUUAAAGACGAACCCGUUGAAGCCUCUUCACAGUCUUCUGCUUCACCCAGUUCAAAGAAAAGAAAUAAGGAGAAUGGCCACAGAGAAGGAAGCGAUGAAGAAAGUCAGAAGAAGUCAAAGAAGGGAAAAGAAAAGACGGUAAAGAAAGAGGAAGGAGAGCAUCCGGUCUCAAAAAAACCGAAGAUGACAAAGGAGGAAAUUGAGGAAGCGAGACAGUUGAAGAUCAAAAAGAAAGAGGAGGAGGAGCAGAACCGCUGGAGAUGGUGGGAGGAGGAAAAGUAUGAAGAUGGGGUGAAAUGGAAGUUCUUGGAGCACAAUGGGCCCUACUUCCCCCCUGAGUACCAGCCUCUACCUGACACUGUUCACUUCUACUAUAAUGGUGAGAAGGUGAAGCUGAGCCCGGCAGCUGAGGAGGUGGCGCUGUUCUUUGCCCAGAUGUUGGACCACGAGUACACCACGAAGAAGGUGUUCCGGGAGAACUUCUUUGAAGACUGGAGGAAGGAAAUGACCGACGAGGAGAGAUGUCUGAUUCAGGAUCUUGACAAGUGUGACUUUGGAGAAAUCCAUGCUAUGCAUAAAGCCAAAGUGGAGGCGAGAAAAAACAGGACCAAGGAGGAGAAACAGGGUUUGAAAGACGCCAACCAGAAGAUAGUGGAUGAAUACGGUUACUGUAUGCUGGACCACCAUAAAGAACGCAUCGGAAACUUUAAGAUUGAGCCUCCAGGUCUGUUCAGAGGUCGAGGCGAGCAUCCCAAACAGGGCAUGCUGAAGAAAAGGAUCCAACCGGAGGACGUCAUCAUCAACUGCAGCAAAGAAUCCCGUAUCCCUGUGCCGCCUGCUGGCCACUGCUGGAAGGAAGUUCGACAUGACAACUCUGUGACGUGGCUGGCCAGCUGGACAGAAAACAUCCAGGGCUACAUAAAGUACAUCAUGCUCAACGCCAACUCAAAGCUCAAGGGAGAGAAGGACUGGGAGAAAUAUGAGGUUGCUCGUAAACUCAAGACGUGUGUGGACAACAUCCGGAACCAGUACCACCUAGAUCUGAAGUCUAAAGAGGUCGUCAGACGCCAGAGAGCUGUGGCUCUGUACUUCAUAGACAAGUUGGCCCUGAGAGCUGGUAAUGAGAAAGAGGAGGGAGAGACGGCAGACACAGUGGGCUGCUGCUCGCUUCGUGUCGAACACAUCACCCUGCAUGAGCAACUCGAUGGCAACGAGUGUGUGGUGGAGUUUGACUUCCUGGGUAAAGACUCCAUUCGCUACUACAACAAGGUCCCUGUGAUCAGCAAGGUUUUUAAUAAUCUAAAACGUUUCCUGAAGAACAAGCAACCAGGAGACGACCUCUUUAACCGCCUUAGUACGGCCAUGCUGAACAAACAUCUGAGUUCUCUGAUGCCUGGUCUGACGGCCAAAGUGUUCAGGACGUAUAACGCCUCCAUCACCCUGCAGCAACAGCUCAAAGAGCUCAGCAACAAGUCCGACAACGUGGCAGAGAAGCUGCUGUCCUACAACAGGGCCAACAGAGCAGUUGCUAUUCUCUGUAACCACCAGCGGGCGCCGCCAAAGACCUUUGACCAGUCUAUGACCAACCUUCAGGGCAAGAUUGAUGCCAGAAAGGAGCAGCUAUCCCUCGCUAAGACGGAGCUGAAAGAAGCCAAGAAGGAGGCCAAGAAAAAAGGCAACUCAGACCCCAAGCUGCAGACGGUGGUGAAACGAAAGAAAGCAGCGGUGAAGCGCUGUGAGGAGCAGCUGCUGAAGAUGGAGGUCCAGGCAACAGACCGAGAGGAGAACAAGCAGAUCGCUCUGGGUACCUCAAAGCUCAACUACCUGGAUCCACGUAUCAGUGUGGCCUGGUGUAAGAACAUGGAGGUACCUGUAGAGAAAAUCUACAAUAAAACCCAACGGGAUAAAUUCGCCUGGGCCAUCGACAUGACAGAGGCAGACUUUGAGUUCUAACUUUAAACUUCCAAACCUCCCAUCUCACCGGCUGGUUACCGAGACGCAAUUAAGGAAACAUCCACGUCAUAGUAGAUACAGUACUUUAAUAUUGCAUUUUUAGUAUGUUCAUAGACUACUGAUGUACCUCAGAUCGUGUAAAACACCAUCCACCUCUGCCCUCGUGUUGUUUUCUUCACUUCUGUUCAUUUCUGUUUGGUGCUUUUGGCACUUUAUUUUGGAGAUUGUUGUUAGUUGCUUUGUUUGCACAUUUUGUUUGCAAUAAUUUGAAUAAAGGUUCCUGAAAUGCAGUGAAGUGACAGAUGUGGGUACAAUUUGUCAAAACACAUCUCGUUGUAAAAGCUUCAUUCCACACAGACGUCAGAAUAAGUGACAUUAUAGAAGAUUAAUUUCUGUCAGCCUAGUUGACCUUAAAGUAGAAUACCAAAAUGUGAAUUCAGCACAUUAUAAACAAGGCAGACCAAAAACCAUGCAACACCGAGACGUUCUAGAUAAUUUUCAUCAUAAAAUACAGUUCUGGCUUGAAAAAAUAAAUACAGAAAAACACUGUGAGCACCUCAGAGUUGGUUGUAUUUUUAAAAA